AUGGUGGAUGCCGUUGACGAUGGCAGCGGCAAUGGCAGAGCUGAGUUGUCUUUGCCUUGGCCGUUCAAAGAAAAUAGUGAGGAGCUACUGAAACACAAAAAGACAAUGACAUCCAACAGAAACAAUGGUCGCUCCUCCCGCAAGAGGAUCCAUGAGUCCUCUGCUUCUACUUCGACAAAUACUGUGUCUUCCAGUAGUAGCAGUAGCAUCGUGAAGAAACCUCCCAAAAACCGGCGGAACAGCAACCACAAAACGAAUUUGAAUUCGUCAUGGGUUCAUCAGCUGUAUGGGUUCAUAUCGGUGUCCUCUUCGACGGUCCGUGCCGCCAGUGUCCUAUGCGUGGCCAUGCUGAUGGGUGUGGCUUGGAAUUACUGGGAUGGAGUCCGGUUUGCAGCCGAUGAUCCUCAGAUUCGAUCCUUUCUACAGCAAGUUUGCAACAACAACAACAACAACAACAACAAUGAUGCUGCCUAUUAUUGCCAUCCAUCCUUGGUGCCUCGUCGGAGAACACAAAUGGCCAUUCGACAAAUCUCACGAGGGGAACGGAUUUUGGAAAUUCCUCGAUCUCUGCAAAUUUGGGACUUGGAUGCGUUGCGGAACGAUUGGAUUCGCGACAAUCUACAAGGAGGAGCCAAGCAUCGGCAAACGGGAAAUCCAGUCGAUCGAGCCGCCUAUCUGGCUCUCUACUUGGCAUUGUUGCAUCGUGACCUGACAGCAACAGCAACAGAUGGCACAGAAUCGACGAGUAUUGACAGCAUUUCUAAAUUCCAAACAACAUCAAUGACAACCCCAUUACCAGCGCUGUUACGACAGUACUUACUGGAGUGUUUGCCCACAGUAAAAGACCUAGAGAGGUUUCACCCCAUUUUCAUGAACGACACGGAACUCAAUCAGUUGAUACCCAAUCGUUCUGCCGCAUUUGGAGUUGCCAAGGCAUAUCGAGACAUGGUCAAGUCGGAAUAUCAAGCGUUUUCCGAACGCUUGCAACCAACCAAGCUGCCAGUCAGCGAACAAGACUAUUACCGCUUUCGUACGCUUGUCUUGAGUCGAAGUUUUGGCACAGGUCCACUGCCAGUUGCAGAAGAUGCCAACAAUAAUAGUCCUGAAUCCUCGUCCGUCUUGACACAGGAGGAAUUGCUGUACUAUCAACAAGAGUUUGGACUGGAUCUCGAGAGAGGUUCUUAUGCCAUGGUUCCCAUUCUAGACUUUUACGAUCAUCAUGCAAAACCUAACGUCGAGUAUCAGCUUCGAAACGGGGCAUUCGUCAUCCAAGCAACCGAUCACAUCGCGCCGGGGCAAGAAAUCAUUGACUCUUACGGAAAGUAUACGGAUGCCCAUUUGUUUGGAAAAUUCGGAUUUGUCAAUGGUGAUGGGAGUGGCUACUCCCAGGCACUCUUGGCCACACAUCAUCGACUCAUGGACUUGGACCUGAAACAACAAUUCUCAUAUCUUCCCUUUCGUCGAACACCAGGGUCCCUGUCUGAAGGACUACGGAGGGCUCUUGAGAAACAGGCAACGGCCGUACAGCAGUACUUACGAUUUGAUGACGGGUACGAGCAGUGCAUACCACCACCAUCCACACAGGACAGUGCUAACGAGUACUUGAAGGAGGCACAGAAACUCAAACGACUCAAAAUACAACACUUGGCAAGGAUUGCCAAUCACUCCAAACGGUGGCAGUUGGUCCUGCUCCCUCGCGCCCCCGAAUCCUUACCGGCAAGGGCUAGCAACAUGGUCAUUACGUACGCACCACCCAAACUCUCCACGCGCAAUGUCAAAUUCUUUCAUCGCAAAGAGUACCAGUUGGUUGCGGCUACGUGUCGGGUCAUUGCCUUGACACACGAGGACUAUGACGGAACUGCAGUGCAGAUUUUGCAAGAAAAUCUCCAAAACAAUUCGUUUCUGUUGGAAUCUCAACUGGACGAAUCUACGGAACGGGACAGCCCUGCAGCGGCAUUGGAGUUUCGAACUCACUUUUGUCUGGCGCGGCUUGCCACGGAAGCGCUGCAACGAUUUGAUAUUCCCAUGGCAGAUAUGGAAGACAAAGUAGCCAGACUCAACCGCAAGUCCUUUCAAAGCAGAGAGUGGACCGCGGCGCAUUUGCAGCUGUCCGAAAUGCAAGCUUUGGAGGUCUUGCGAGGAGUCUCCUUCUCGGCGGCACGAGAAUACGAGGAUCUUCGGAACAUGACUCCGUUGUUUACCAUACGAGAUGACCCUUGUCCGGAUCAUUCUCUUGGGUAG